ACAAGUUAACCACCCAGCAUAAACAAGAGACAUUAUCGUCUCCUAGUUGCCUAGGCAACAAAUAUUAAACCUCAAUAAAACAUCACAUCUUCCAAACGAACAGCACGCAAACAAUUAGAAAAUUCCCUCAUUUGUCACCACUAAGAAGCAUCACUACACCAUGCCUUAUUUUAAAAUUCUUAGGGAAAAACCAAUGAAAUUGAGUUUCUGGUUGAUAUGUUCUACCCUCCUCCUCCCAUUUGGUCAACGAUCCAACACUACUAAGCCCUUCAAAGUUCAAACCCUUUUGAAUCUUUGCUCAUUAUCUCACAACAUUUCCUUCCAUUACAAUGAUCAUGGAACCAAACCCAACACCAGAUCACAGUCUGGACUGGUUUGAAGGUUCUGUGUCUUACUUUCCACCAUUCUUAGAUUAUCCAUACAACUCUAGUGACAUCCAAGAGUAUCAGUUGUGGGAACAAGACAUAGCUAGCAACUACCAAACUGAUACCAAUACCAGUUCCCCUAAUGCCACCAACAUUGUUACCAUCACAACACCCCUUGAGACUUGUGACUCUAACAACCUACCACUUUCUGAUUUGCCCAAGAAAAGAAGUGCCACUGAUGAGUCAAGUCCCAAACCACCACAAAACCACAAGCACAAGAAAAUCAAGAGCAAGCCCAGGAACAAUGAAGCAGAUAACGGAGAUGCAGAAGCGACAACAACAACAACAGCAACAGUUAGAAAAUCUGGUGGGAACAAGAAAGGUGGAGCUAAGGCCAAUGGAAAUAACUGCAACAAUAAGGAUGGGAGGUGGGCAGAACAGUUGUUGAACCCUUGUGCUGCAGCCAUAACUGGUGGAAAUCUGAACCGUGUGCAACACCUCUUGUAUGUUCUCCAUGAGUUAGCAUCACCAACUGGUGAUGCUAACCACAGGCUUGCAGCACAUGGUCUCAAAGCACUGACACAACACUUAUCUUCUUCUCCAACUUCUACCUCUUCAGGGUCUAUAACUUUUGCGUCUGCUGAGCCACGGUUCUUCCAAAAGACACUACUCAAGUUCUAUGAAGUUAGCCCUUGGUUUUCCUUUCCUAACAACAUAGCAAAUGCUUCCAUUCUUCAAGUUCUUGGGGAAGACACUGAUAAUUCACGCACCCUUCACAUCCUUGACAUUGGAGUCUCUCAUGGCAUGCAAUGGCCAACGUUUCUUGAGGCGUUGAGUCGCAGAGCUGGUGGACCUCCUCCAUUGGUUCGCCUCACCGUGGUCACUGCUUCUUCCUCCACUGAAAAUGACACCCCAUUUUGUAUUGGUCCUCCUGGUGAUAACUUCUCUUCUAGACUCCUUGGUUUUGCUCAGUCAAUGAAUGUUAAUUUGCAGAUAAACAAGCUAGAUAAUUGCCCAUUGCAUUCACUGAAUGCUCAAAGUGUUGACGCCUCCCCGGAUGAAAUCUUUGUUGUGUGUGCACAGUUUAGGUUGCAUCAGUUAAAUCACAAUGCCCCAGAUGAAAGGAGUAAGUUUCUGACAGUGUUGAGGAACAUGGAGCCCAAAGGGGUGAUACUAAGUGACAACAACCUGGGGUGUUGUUGCAAUUGUUGUGGGGAUUUCGCCACUGGAUUCUCUCGGAGGGUGGAGUACUUGUGGAGGUUUUUGGACUCAACGAGCUCUGCAUUCAAAGGCAGGGAGAGCGAGGAGAGGAGAGUGAUGGAAGGUGAGGCUGCGAAGGCAUUGACAAACCAGCGCGAGACGAAUGAAGGGAAGGAGAAAUGGUGUGAGAGAAUGAAAGAAGCAGGGUUUGUGGAGGAAGUAUUUGGAGAAGAUGCAAUAGAUGGAGGUAGAGCUUUGCUGAGGAAGUAUGAAAGUAACUGGGAGAUGAAAGUGGAAGAUGACAAUAGAAGUGUUGGACUAUGGUGGAAGGGACAAAGUGUUUCUUUCUGUUCUUUGUGGAAGCUGGAUGGGAAUGAUCAGAGCUCAACAUGAUGAUGAACCAUAACUUGGAAUUCGGUACAAGUUUAUGUCCAACAAGUUCUGGUGAACAGUAAACAAAUUCGUUGGGAGGGGGAAAGGUAGCAUAGGUAUUCAAAGUUCUUAAAACUCUUCCUUGCCAAAUUUCUCCACCAUGUCAAAUUCUUGAUUAUAGAACUUUUUGUAACAUAAAGAGAGGUGCAAAUUAUUUCAUCAGUUGUUUGUGUGCUUUGUAAUGAUUGAUAACUGGUAAGAAGAUAGUGCUGUUUCAGAGUUUA